CAAUACCCCUUUGAAACUCACAGGGAGCCCUCGACAUCUCUAAAACCCUGCAGAUUCUGAGCAGUCUCUCUAAAACCCCAAAUUAUUAGUCCCGGAAAAUGGGCAGCAGCAGUGAGGAAGAUGGAGAUGCGGCGUGGAAAGCCGCCAUUAGAUCAGCCGCGACAGGUGCCUCCUCCUUUCUCAACGGCCUAUCCGCCAAACCAACCCAGCUGCCUGCCCAAGAUUCCAGCCACACCAAACUCCCCAAGCACUACCAAAUCAAGGCACAGAAGCUUUUGGAUGACAUAAUAGGGAAGUCAUUGGAGAUAGUGCCUAGUUCUAUUCCUGAACCAGAUGAUGAAGCUGUCAGUAACGAUGAGGAAGUUGGUGUUCGCUUGUUCAAAAAUGCUCCACGUGGAAUUGUUUUCGAUCAUGUGGAGGAACAAGCGCCUAGGAAGAGACCGAGAAUUCUUCCGGGAAAAGAGACUAAUGAGAAAUCAAAGAAGUUUAAGCAACAAAUCCAAUCUGUUGCUGUUGAUGGGGAAGAGAUAGUGUCUGCAGCAAGAGAUAGAUGUCAGAGAGCGUUGUCUAGGCUAGAAGCUAAAGAGGCAGCAGCGAAAGAAGCGGCCAAAAGAGAAGAGGAAAGAGUUGCACAGCUCAAAAAAGUUAGGGGAGAAAGAUGGCUACCUUCUAUUGCCAGAGAAAUGCAGUUCAAAAAAGGCAUCACUGAAAGUAGUGGCAAAAAAAAGCAGCUGUGAAAGACAGCGGCCAAAAGAGAAUAGGUAAGAGUAGCACAGCUAAAAAAAGUUGGUAAGAAAAUAUCGCUACAUUAUACUGCCAGAGAAAUGCAAUAUAAAGCCAUGCGAUGAAAAUGAUAUACUUGCUUUCAUCUGUCGCGUACUCUUGUAUCUUCUUCCUGCACUCUUGUUUUGUUGGUGUUGGUAGUGUAAAGAAUCGCAAACAAACAGAUGUAGACAAACAUUCACCAGGCAUUUUUCCAUGGUGUUUUGUUGCAUGAUGAUUGUGAUUGCAUUGGCAAUUUUUCGUUGGCAGCCAUUUGGUUGGACCCUUUCAUUUGCUUUCCUCGC